CCCUUUUGAUCGUCCUCUUUCCCUCUCUCCUCCUGUCCUUCCUCUCACCACCAUCACCACCCGACUGUCUUCCCAUCGAUUCUUCUCUGUCGACAGCAAAAUCGCCCACGAUGCUUUCCUCGGUCAGACUUGUCACGCGCAGAGCUGCUGUCAGAAGCGCUUUUGCUUCCCCUGGUCGCAGCUUGCUUGCUGUCCGCGCCGCCUCGUUCUGGGCCAACGUCCCCCAAGGUCCUCCUGAUGUAUGUGGUCAUUCCCCAGAUUCCCACACCUCAACAUAGCUUCAAGCUACUUAGCCCGAGCUAUCUCCGUCCUCGCGCUGUGUGUCCGUCUUUGCCUGUCGCUAACCCCGCCCUCUUCGUCGCGUCUGACAGGCCAUUCUCGGUAUCACGGAAGCUUUCAAGGCCGACACCUUCGACAAGAAGAUCAAUCUCGGUGUCGGUGCCUACCGCGAUGACAAGGGCAAGCCUUACGUCCUCCCCUCCGUCCGCAAGGCCGAGGACAAGGUCAUCCACUCCCGCAUGAACAAGGAGUACGCAGGCAUCACUGGUGUCCCCGAGUUCACCAAGGCCGCCGCCGUUCUCGCCUACGGCAAGGACAGCUCCGCCCUGGACCGUCUUGUCAUCACCCAGUCCAUCUCGGGUACCGGUGCCCUCCGCAUUGGUGGUGAAUUCCUCAACCGCUUCUUCCCCGGAGCCAAGAAGAUCUACAUCCCCACCCCUUCGUGGGCCAACCACGGCGCCGUCUUCCGCGACUCCGGUCUCGAGGUCGCCCAGUAUGCCUACUACGACAAGAACACCAUCGGCCUCGACUUUGAGGGUCUGAUCCGCGACCUCAAGGCUGCCCCCAACAGCUCCAUCUUCCUCUUCCACGCCUGCGCCCACAACCCCACCGGUGUCGACCCCACCCCCGAGCAGUGGAAGGAGAUCGAGGCCGUCGUCAAGGACAAGGGCCACUACUCCUUCUUCGACAUGGCCUACCAGGGUUUCGCUUCCGGCGACAUCCACAAGGACGCUUUUGCUGUUCGCUACUUUGUCGAGCAGGGCCACAACAUCUGCCUUGCCCAGUCCUUCGCCAAGAACAUGGGUCUCUACGGCGAGCGUGUUGGUGCCUUCUCCAUUGUCUGUGCCGACGCCGACGAGAAGAAGCGCGUUGACUCGCAGGUCAAGAUUCUGGUCCGCCCUCUCUACUCCAACCCCCCCAUUCACGGUGCCCGCAUCGCCGCCGAGAUCCUCAACACCCCCGAGCUCUACGAGCAGUGGCUUACCGAGGUCAAGGAGAUGGCUGACCGCAUCAUCAAGAUGCGCGCCCUCCUCAAGGAGAACCUCGAGAAGCUCGGCAGCAAGCACGACUGGAGCCACAUCACCAGCCAGAUCGGCAUGUUUGCCUACACCGGUCUGACCCCCGAGCAGAUGGAGAAGCUGGCCAAGGAGCACAGCGUGUAUGCCACCAAGGACGGCCGUAUCUCUGUCGCUGGUAUCACUAGCGAGAACGUUGGCCGUCUCGCCGAGGCCAUUUUCAAGGUCAAGGGUUAGAUGUGUGGACGGACAAAAAAAGUUUUAGACUUGCAAAAAAGUGAUAAAAGGCAGUUUGGAGUUGGUUGGCUGGUUGUGGCCGGACUUAAUGAUGGUUUCUCUUUUUUUUUUUUUUUCUGUUUUUUUGAAUGGUACACAAAAAGGGGGCGGUUUUGGCUUUUUACGUAGCUUGUAUGAUGAAUAAUGGUACAUGACGAAUUCAGAAGUCUAUGGAG